CCGCAACCCGAGAACCAUAAUAAAAGGGCACUUCAAUGCCCACUUCUUUCUAACCAAGAAACGAGGCAGGAACCUGAACCUCAGUUUUUGCCUCUCUCAAGAACACAAACGUUCACCGCUAUUUUCAGUUGUGUCGUGAUCUAUUAUUGCUGAGGAGAGAGACCAUUAAGGGAGGAAUCUGCUGGCAUCCAGAAAUUUUACUUCUAUCUCACCUUAAUGUCGGCAACUUGUUUAUUUGAUUUCUCCUAGAACUUUUCCGUUUAUUUUAUCUUAAAGCCAAACGCUGGUUGAGCUUUACCUGGGUUUUUAAUGGCGAGUUUUGUCAUAUCUGAAUGUGGUUUAAAGCCUUAUCCUCAUAUCUACGCUAGAACCGCCACUGGAGUUGUCUCAAGGAACUCUUCAAAGCCCAGCUUUUUGCAUACAAACAAGAAUUUUUCAGAUCUAAAACCAACAAAUCUAACCAAACUCUCAACUGGGGUUCUUAGAGACAGGAACUGGGGCCUAAAAGUGAGUGCUCCAUUGAAAGUUGCAUCCGUAGGAGGUGAGGAAAGAGAAGAGAGACUCCAUGGUGUUAACGGGUUUGGAGAAAAAGAAGAAGAGGCAGGAUUCGAUCCUGGGGCGCCCCCACCGUUUAAAUUAGCUGAUAUAAGAGCUGCCAUACCGAAGCAUUGUUGGGUAAAGGAUCCAUGGAAAUCUAUGAGCUACGUGGUGAGGGAUGUUGUUGUGGUUUUUGGCCUGGCUGCUGCUGCUGCUUAUCUUAACAACUGGCUUGUUUGGCCUCUUUACUGGGCUGCUGAGGGGACCAUGUUUUGGGCUCUUUUUGUUCUUGGUCAUGAUUGCGGCCAUGGGAGUUUUUCAAACAAUGCGAAGUUAAACAGUGUAGUGGGCCAUCUCUUGCAUUCUUCCAUUCUUGUGCCUUACCAUGGAUGGAGAAUUAGCCAUAGGACUCAUCAUCAAAACCAUGGGCAUGUUGAGAAUGAUGAAUCAUGGCAGCCGUUGUCUGAGAAGAUAUACAGAAGUUUGGAUAACGUAACACGAACAUUGCGGUUCAUGUUUCCUUUUCCCAUGCUUGCAUAUCCUUUCUACCUUUGGAACAGAAGUCCAGGGAAGACUGGUUCUCACUUUGACCCUAACAGUGAUUUGUUUGUUCCAAGUGAGAGAAAAGAUGUGAUUACUUCCACCUUAUGUUGGACAGCCAUGGCUGCUACUCUUGUUGGUUUGGGCUUCACAAUGGGUCCUAUGCAAUUGCUUAAACUAUAUGGCGUCCCAUACUGGAUAUUUGUGAUGUGGCUCGAUUUCGUUACAUACUUGCAUCACCAUGGUCAUGAAGAGAAGCUUCCUUGGUACCGUGGGAAGGAAUGGAGUUACUUGAGGGGAGGGCUUACAACACUUGACCGCGACUAUGGAUGGAUCAAUAACAUCCACCACGAUAUUGGAACCCAUGUCAUACACCAUCUCUUUCCUCAGAUCCCGCACUACCACUUAGUAGAGGCUACUGAGGCGGCUAAGCCAGUUCUUGGAAAAUACUAUCGGAAGCCAGAACAAUCAGGUCCUCUACCUUCUCACCUGAUUGGAAGUUUGAUAAGAAGCUUGAAGAAAGAUCACUAUGUUAGCGAUACUGGAGAUGUUGUCUACUACCAAGCUGACCCAGAGCUUAGAAACCCUUUUAAGUCUUAAGUCAGCUUGAUGCUUCAUAAAAUUCCUCAACAAGAAUAUGGGGUGAGUUGAAGCUCUUCGCUUGGAACCUAAUUACUUAACCUUAAGAGAUCUAAGCAUUGUUUUUGUAUUGCCAUGGUAGGGCCAUAAUCAAAAUUCAUAUAAAAUCGUUUGGGGGAGGGUGGGAGCCAUAUAAGUUAGGUUAUUUUUCUAUAUUGGCAUUCUACUAGUAAAGGAAAAUGUAUAUUCAUUCUUUUACAAGAGAAAUAGCAAUUGCUCAAUUGAAUCCCAUAGAAAAGGAAAUGAAAGAAAGGAGUUCAGAACUGAACGAGUUCUUUCUUACCUUUCUACUGUUUUUAUUCUUUA